GCUGGAAAAAAGCGGCAUCCAGGAGCUUGUGCAUAUAUACAUCAUGAAUCGAUCGAGCUUUUACAUGAUACUUUUCUUGGUGUCGCUGCUCUUCAUUAGCUUCUCGGAUGACGAAGCGAGUCGUGCGGGUAGGCGGACCGUCGAAGAAGUACUUCACGCACUACAGCACGACAAAGAACUGCUGACCAACGUCACUUUGGGGGUCAAUGUGUCGCAUCCAUUUCCUGAAGCAUUGCAACCGCAACUCGAAGAAUUGGCUUCCAUACGAUAUCCAGACCAUACGCCUCACUUUUAUCACAACGUUACAGGUGUCUUUAGAGGUCAGUGAAAAAAAAAACGGUCAUUACGACCUUGUUGACGGGUGUGAACAAUUAAACUAUGCAACAUGCUGUAUAGGCGAUUGGACGAGCCAGAACCUUACUGUACCGGAUGCGGAUACGUCGAAUCGAACCUUGCAGGACGAUUACCGUGGUCACUUUCAGUUUGACGGCAACGGCUCAUUCACUCUCAACAUAAAAUCGGUAGCAACGCAGAAAGAAGAUAUCAACUAUAUCGAGGGAUACAUGCGUCUGAAAGAUGCCGAGAAAAGCGAUUACGGAGCCUUGCUGCUGGCAGAAGGUCUUCACUUUCUCAACAACGGCACACUCUAUCUAAUGGGUGUACCAGAUGGGGUUCGACUUCCGUUGGAAGACUUGAUUCAAAUGUUGCCCAACAAUCAAUCGGCUACCGACGGUAUCACGGUGUUUGUGGAACAGCUUGAUAAGAGUAUUGAAGAAUUGGAAAAGAUGGCUUAUUGGGGAGAACGACAAAUCUUUCCCGAAAGCAAUGAACAACCGCUUUCGGUAGCCUUUAAUUGCUCGUUUCAAAUGGUGAUGCAGCUGCAUCCUGUACCCCCUCACAUCAAGAUGGCCCAAUUACUAGAAUAUGAAAAACAAUUGGAGAAUCCUCAAGGCAUCAGCACCAUUCAUCCUCCUCCGUUACACCUGUCUUCCCUUCUCUACUCUCCCAAUUGCGGUCUUUCACUCUCAAUAUCCAAGAGUUCGGGUAUCAAGAUUGAAAAGUACUACAGCAAAGCAAUCGCUUAUGCGGGCAUGGCAAUUGCUUUGGCGCUUACCCAGAUCAUUUUGUUGAUUCACCAAAUGGAAUAUACCCCUACACCUUCGAGUGUUUCCAAUAUAUCGUAUUGGACGAUUGCGAUCCAGGCAAUGAUGGAUGGUUAUCUCUGUCUUCUCCAUUUAACCACGGGCAUCGUUAUCGAAAAUGUGUUCAUCCCUUUUGCUUCAGCUGCGUUUUUCAGUUUUAUUCUUGUCUCGGUGUUUGGAAUGCGGUACCUCCUUGUGAUCUGGAGGAUACAGAGACCGGAAGCUUUGCGUGCCAGUCAAACCCAGCCAACAGCGGACACGGCCAAUGAUCGUCCGGCCGCCACGGAACCGGAUGAACAAACAUUGUUGCCGAUUGCUAACCGACCUGCGCCCACGCCGGCUCCCAUGAAUCCUCAACGGGAAGCGACCUAUCUGUAUUACCGACUGUAUGCGGUGGCUCUCUCGGGACUUUUCCUGUUUUACCAGCUGGCGACUCGAUCGGCAUUUGUUCAGAAUGUCAUGAUCUCGAUCUUAGGAUUCGCUUUCUUCUCGUUCUGGGUCCCUCAGAUCGUACGAAGUGUAUCGCGAGGUUGCCGUCGCCCAUUAAGCAAACGAUACAUCGUUGGUAUGAGCAUCACCCGACUGGCCAUUCCCGUCUAUUUUCAUGCCUGUCCCUACAACCUGAUAGCACACGAGCCUACGCCAUGGAUCUGGGCACUGGUGGCGUAUGUCGGUUUGCAGGUCCUUGUUUUAUUAUUACAAGAUACCUUGGGUCCACGGUUCUUUGUGCCCGAACGUUACCUUCCUCAAACAUACAAUUACCAUCCGUUACUCAAUCCUGACGACGAGGAAGCACUGCAAAAUGAAGAAACCGAUCGCAACAAAUCUGCCUUGCGGACGCGCGAUUGUGCUAUUUGUAUGCUUCCUGUAAAUAUAUCAAAUACAGGGUCGACCGGAUUGCGUGUGCUUGGUCGGACGCAGUACAUGGUCACACCAUGCCACCAUCUAUUUCAUACCGAAUGCUUGGAACAGUGGAUGCGCAUCAAACUGGAAUGUCCCGUUUGUCGAGCCUACCUUCCCGCAUGUUAAACCUGUGUUUAAUUUCACAUCCCCUUUCAGAAUAUUACCAUUUUUUUGUUACCAUACCGUUUUCUCUUUUCCCCUGUUCCCAUUCAUGGAAAAUCGAUUUCAUUGCUACAUAUUAUCUACUGCAUCCUGUUGAUCAUUCGUGAUUCCUCGUCUUGUUAUCCCUCUUUUCCCUUUCUUUUGCCUCUCACAAAACUGAUUUACUGCAUAAAAAUUAUUGAUUCACUAUGAAAAAUGAAGAGUG